AGCUACUAGAGGCACCACCCUAAUCAGUGAUCUGGCCGCUCGAACCCCCGCGAUGGUGACUUUGCCUCGGCAGUGUGUGCUCUGGGGCUGCUUGUUGACAGCGGUCCAUCUAGGACAAUGCAACACAUGCAGAGACAAACAGUACUUCUUCAAUGGCCAGUGCUGCGAUUUGUGCCAGCCGGGAAUGAGACUGGUGAACCACUGCACGGCUCUCACCAAGACCCAAUGCCUUCUGUGUAACUCAGGCGAAUACAUGAACACGUGGAACAGAGAGUCGCGGUGUUACCAGCAUACACACUGUGAAUCCAAUGAAGGGCUUCAGGUUGAGAAGGAGGGCACCUCAGAUACAGACACUGUUUGUGCCUGUAAGGAAGGUCUGCACUGCACUAGCAAGGAGUGUAGGAGAUGUGUUCUGCACACGUCCUGUGGCCCUGGCUUUGGAGUUAAGCAGAUGGCCACAGGGACUGCUGAUACUGUGUGUGAACCCUGCCCAGCCGGCUUCUUCUCCAACGAGUCAUCCACUUUUGAAAAGUGUCGUCCUUGGACAAGCUGUGAGGCCAAAAAGAUGGCGGUACUCCAGGAAGGGACGAAUCAGACUGAUGCUGUCUGUGGUUUGCAGCCCCGGAUGCGAGCCCUCCUGGUCAUCCCCCUCAUGGUGGUCAUCCUCAUCGCCGUCUUCGUGCCGGUGUAUUUCUGUAUCAAAAAGGUGAUCAAGGAACCAGAGGAUAAUAAGGCCCCACCCACGGAUGAAUGGAAAGGUCCUGUGGAGAUAGACACUGCUCCAGUGCAGGAGACCCUGCAUGGGUGUCAGCCUGUCGCACAGGAGGAUGGCAAGGAGAGCCGCAUCUCAGUGCAGGAGAGGCAGCUGACGGGCAGCAUGGACGUGAAGCACCUGGUCUGAGAUCCUGGAGCUGUUGCAGGGGCAACGGCAAGGGCCUGGCUCAGAUGGCUGCUGAUGUUUGAGGUUUGAGAGGAGCGAAGACGCAGCCCGCUGCAGUGAACUCUCGUGCCUGGCCCGCCGCUGCCGCCGCCGCCGCCGCCGCCGCCGCCGCCGUCGUAUCCCUCGACUUGGCUUCUGAAGAUGGAGGGAAAGCUCGGGCAUCAAGGGUCCACAGUGAUAUCCACAGAGUGCAGCAGUUGCAGGACCCGGAGUGUAUCGUGGCAGCUUUCACUACUGUAAGGAGGCAUGGACUCCAGAGUCUGUGGCUUUGUGGCUUGUGCUGUUAGAAGGCACCUGAUUGCCCAUCCGCAGGGACUGGCUAAAUAAAUCUGUAAUAUAUUUAUAUAACAGGAUCUCAGAAAUGCUAGUAGGUGGGACAAAAAAAAAAAAACAACAACAAAAAACCAAACAACAACAACAGAAACAGGCAGUGGAAUGAUGGGUGGAGAAAUGGCUUUUAAAAACAUGCCCAGGCAGGUAAGAGGGCUUUUGUAGAUAAAGGCUCUUGCCACCAAAGUCUGAUUACCUGAUUUGAAUCCCUGGGACUACAUGGUAAAAGGAGAUAAUCAAAUUCAGAGGGCUGACAUUUGACCUCCACAUGCACUCUGUGCUACAUGUUCAUGCAUGCAUGCAUGUGUGUGUACGUGCAUACCCUAAGAUGGGUGUGGUGGUUCAUGCCUGUAAUCCCAGCACUCAGGAGGAAGAGGCAGGAAGACCAGGAGUUCAAGGCCAGUCUUGAAUACAUAGUGUAUUCAAGGCUACAUGAUACUAUCUCAAAAACAAACAUGUGCUGGGUGGUGGUGACACACGCCUUUAAUCCCAUCAAUAGAGACUCAGAGGCAGGUGGAUGUCUGUGAGUUCAAGGCCAGCCUGGUCUACAGAGUGAGUUCCAGGACACCCAGGGCUAUACAUAGAAACCGUGUCUCGAAAAAAUUAAAACCAAAACUAAACAAAUAAACACUAAAGAACAACAACUCCUCCCAACAAGCAGAAUGAAGCACACAAAGCCCUCACACGCCCUUAAGCAGUAUCUACAUACUAUAUGGUGGUAUGUAAGUGGGCUGUACAUUAUACUUGAGUACAGUAUGUAUAGAUAGGGAAGGAAAGCUAUGAUACUGUGAAUGGGACACAUUACACGUGUGGGCGAAACAAAGAUUCCAGAUGAAGCACUGAAAACCCCGACUGCAAGAGUGGGUCUGGAGAGGUGGCUCAGUGGUUAGGAGCA